CUCUCUCACACACACAGACUCUCAGAAACAUCAUGGAGUUCUUUUGUAGCCAUUUUGGCCAGUACUGCUCAUCAACAAUGCUAUUGCUGAUAAUAUUGUUGCACUUGCUUCCCUUAACUACCAUGGACUCCUCCUCCCCCAGUUUCAUAUCUGCAGAGAUCUUCCCACAGACCGUAGGGCAUGGAUCAUAUUUUACUGAGAUAGAAGUGGGCACCCCUCCGGUCAGCCAGUUUAUGGUUAUACACACCGGGAGCGACACUACAUGGUUUCAAUGUAAACCAUGUGAUUGUGACCAAACGCCGGGCCUCGGAUUCGACCCUCUCAAUUCCACUUCCUUUUCCGUAGUACCUUGUGCCUCCAACGCCUGUAAUCACCUCCGUCAACACGGUUGCAACAACAACAGUCAAUGUCAGUACGAGGUGGACUACCUAGAAGGCUACUCCACGAACGGCUCGCUUGUGCUCGAAACACUCACGUUUGGAAGCACUGCCAUUCCGAGUGUUUUUUGUGGGUGCGGGCACUCAAACUAUGGCAUGGUGGCUGGAAGCAACGGUUUUGUGGGCCUUGGAGGUGGGCCAUUGUCAUUGCCGACUCAGCUUCGGCUUCGUGGAUUGGCCGACAUCUUCAAUUAUUGCUUGCCGGGUUUGUUUGGAGGGCCAGCGGGUUGGUUGAAUUUUAGCCAUCCAGGUGCAGUGAUACCUGCGGGAACUGCGUGGAUCCCCUUGCUCCGCAACCCAAAAACACCGGCUUUUUAUUAUGUCGGCCUCUCGGGUCUUGGGGUUGGAGACGUUCGACUGCCCAUCCCUGAAAACAGUUUCAAAAUGACAAAACAAGGCAUGGGAGGAGUGAUUAUAGAUUCAGGUACAAUAUUUACCAAACUACCCAAGCCUAUUUACGAGGUUUUUCGCAACGCUUACAUUGCAAAAACUAUAAAUCUUCCUCGGGCCCCCAUGAGCCCCUUGUUUGACAUGUGCUACAACCUAUCCGGGUUAGAACUGAUUCAGGUUCCAAACGUGUCAUUCUUCUUUACUGCCGGACCGAUCCUAACAUUGAAAAUAAGGAAUAUUUUAGUUGAACAUGAGAGUUAUAUUGGUGAGCGCAUUUUCUGUUUUGCGUUUGUCCCAACCAAUAAUCGUAGAUCCAUUAUUGGGAACACUCAACUCAUCGGAAUUCAGACUUCCUUCGAUACAACGGCUGGGUACGUGGGAUUUGGUCCAAACAUUUGUAGUCCACCAGAAGAUUCUCCUCAUUGUCAUGGACAUUGGCCUCCUAGGAGUAUAGGAAUGGAGAAUUAUAUUACCCCAAAUCCAUUAUUACUUGUAUGUUUGUUUACAUGUUUUUAUUUAUUAAUAAAUACAAGUGUUUGAUCAAAGCUUGUAAUUAAAUAAAAAUUACCAAACAUGUGUC